AUGGCACAAAAAUCCGACCAGUCUGACGCACCAGGCCCGUCGGCGGAUAUGCCGCCGGCGAUGGCUGAGAUCAAGUCGCAGAGUGUCGACAAGGUGCUCCAAGAGAUGAACAGAAUGCCGCUCUUCAUGACGAACCUGGAUGAGACGGACGGGGAAGGCGGCGAGAACGAUGCUCUCGAGGCGCUGAAGGCGCUGGCCUAUGAGGGCACCCGAGCUGAGAUCGCGGAGAACUUCCGACAACAGGGCAACGACUGCGCUAGAGGAAAGCUAUGGAGUGACGCAAAAGAGUUUUAUGACAAGGCUUUAGCGGCAUUGAAAGGUCCGCAGAAUAAUCCAGACCCGGAUGCUGAGGGGCCUAAGGUCAUUGAGGUUGAAUUUGAUGAAGCAGAGGAGGCGGCGAAGGAGAAAGUGAUCGAAGAAGCCUGUCAUGUAAACAGAGCUCUUUGCAAUUUGGAGAAGAGUAAGCUCAAUGUCCUUGCUGCAGUCCUGUGGGGGAUGUACCGCCGCUUUGAUCUGUUUCUCUUGAUCUCACUUGACAAACUUGCCGAGGCAGCAGACGCAUGCGACCGGGGACUGGGUUUCGAUCCGAACAACGCUCCCUUGAAGGCACUACAAGCCAAGGUCUCGAAAAGGAAAGACUACAUCGAAUCUGUGGAGAAAACACGCAAAGAGCGAGAAGCGCGAACAGCAUCCGAGCGACUCACCCUCCAGCUUGCACUCAAGAGCAGGAACAUCCUUGUCCGCAAGACCGAGCAUCCUCCAGAUCUGGAAGAUGCCGAAUUGAAGCUCGAGAACGCUCUAGACCCGUCCUCUACACUCAUCUUCCCAGUCAUCUUACUGUAUCCGACAGAGUCGCAGUCUGACUUCAUCAAGGCUUUCUCCGAGAAGGAAACUCUAGGCGAGCAUCUUGAUUACAUCUUUCCCUUGCCUUGGGACGAGAAGCACGAGUACACGCCACCGAGUGUGGAAGCAUAUAUGGAGACUGCCGCAGGGGGCUUAAUCAAGGUUGGCAAGAAGAUGAGUCUUGGAAAAGUGCUGGGCAGUGGCAAGCCAGAAGUCGUCGAUGGAUUGGCCACGAUCAGCGUGGUGCCCAAGGACCGCGCUGCAGGCUGGAUAGAAGAGUUCAAGAAGAGGAAGGGCAAGAAUUGA